AUGCUUGCGGUAGCGAACGAGAAGGGCAUGAACCUCAAUCACUGGGAUGUGAAGCAGGCGUAUACACACGCCACACUAGACGAGGAGGUUUUUCUGAUGCUCCCCGCUGGGUGCGGGGAUACGUCGCAUAAGAUUGCUAAGGCUGAGCGUGCGAUUUAUGGUCUGAAGCAGAGCGGUAGGCAGUGGGGGUACCACGCUGCUGAUAUGCUAGUCGAGAACGGCAUGGUUGAACGCUUCCAUGUGAAAUCAACUGUCCGCAUCCCCGCUACCCCUGGUGCCGAUCUAGGGCCGAAGCGAGAGGAUGAGGAAGGAGGGGAGUGGCCGGUGAGGGAGGCCAUCGGCAGCAUGAUGUGGGUGUCGACUUUCUCGCGUCCAGACGUCUCGUUCGCCGUGCGUGCGGUAGCGCGCCACGCCCACGCCCCGGCGAAGCGGCACUGGGAUGCCAUACAGAAGAUCCUCGGCUACCUGAAAGGGACGAGGGACCUCGGUAUCACCUACCAACGGGGAUCGGGGUUAGGGCUGGCCGUGUACGUAGACGCUAGCUACGCCGACACGGAGGAUAGGCGUUCGGUGUCAGGGUUGGCGACGACGGUCGGAGGUACCGUAGUCAGCCAUGGUAGAAAGACGCAGAGUAUAGUAUCUUUGUCUUCAACGGAGGCCGAGUACAUUGCUGCCGGGGAGGGUGUCAAGGAGGCGUUGUUUGUGCGUGCUGUGCUUUCGUUUGUCGCCCCAGAGACCAG